GCACUUUUGCACUACAGAUUACUACAGAAAACGAAACAUAUAGACAUUAUCAUCAACAUUUUGCACUCCAAAAUUGUAAAUCAUACCAUUUCUUCUCUCCAUUUUUUCCUCAUUUCUUUUCUGGGGUUUCUCUUCCUUUUCAGUUUUUACAAUCUAUAUAACUCUUAGUAUUACAAAUAAAGACUUAAUUUUAUAAUACAUAUUUUUCCCCCAUUGAAAAAUAUGGUGGUUAUGGUUUCACGUACUGGCCGGCAUUUGCAGCGUUAUAACAAAGGUCGUCGCCAAGUUGUUGGAUGUAUACCGUACAGAUAUAAAGAUAUUAUUGACCUAUCUAUGGCAGACAAAGAUGCAUUUGAAGUUCUUCUCAUAAGUCCUCAGAGAAAAGGAAAAGGAUUGUUGUUUCCAAAGGGAGGUUGGGAAAAGGAUGAAACAAUUGAAGAUGCAGCAAGACGCGAGACAAUAGAGGAAGCUGGUGUUUGCGGCGAUGUUGAGGGAAAAUUAGGAAUUUGGUACUUUGAGAACAAAAACGGCGAUACGGCCUAUGAAGGGCACAUGUUUCCUUUAUUUGUAACUGAGGAGCUAGAUACUUGGCCUGAGAAAGACAUCCGCAAAAGAUUAUGGAUGAGCGUGCGAGAAGCAAGAAAGCUCUGCCAACAUGGGUGGAUGAAAGAAGCAUUAGAGUUGUUAGUUAGUCGACUCACGUCACAAAGUAGGCGGACUAAAGUCGAUUUAUUUUCAAGAAUCAAUCGUAGCUCCAGUGGCCAUGGAAGUGUUUUGCAUUUGGGAUGCAGGGCUCAAGUACUUACUCCACCACCACCAAGUCCUGCGGAAGAGGCCUAGUUUCCACCAGCCUAACAGAGGAGGUUAAAAUUUUACGACGGAGGUAAAAAGUAGCUUGUAAAUAGGAAAUCGAUGAUGAGCCCCUAAUGGUAUGGUCUAGUGGUAAGAGCGUAGCACGUGAUGUGUAGAAUAGGUGCACGUCAUGUUUUUCAACCCUGCCACAGAUAAAAGCCUAAUAUUUAAGUGGAUAAGAGUAGAAGGACGACCUCAUUAUCCACCGAGUUUCAAACCAUGCACCACAGGUCCUCGGGGAUUUUUUCUAUUUACCAAAAACUAGGAAAGCAAUGGUGAUGGCUGAUAGAGUAAGUUAGAGCAAUCUGUUUUAGCUCUACUCCAACUUUCAAGAAAACAGAAACAUAGAGAUAACCAUGGAAGUAUUUAGUUUUUUGUCUUGUUUUGUUUUCUCCGAAUUGGAGUUAUGUAAAUGCUGAUAGACUUACAAUCUCACUGUCUUUUUUAGGAACUUUACCUUUGUAUAGGUACUCUGUAAUGAGUGCCUGAAGAUGGUGAAGUUACCUUUACGUUUUAAUGUCUUUAAAAGAUCCGAAUCUCGAGGUUUAA